GGUUGACCCAGUUCCGCUUGGUGUCUUCGAGAAGCUCUAACCCUUUUUGUUCACCUACCUAUCUACCUCGGGGAGCCAGUUGCCACAAAUGUCGACCUCUGCGCAGUGGAAGCAGCUGGAUGUGGCGGUUAUGGGCGGUGGGAUUGGCGGGUUGGCUGCCGCCGUCGCGAUGCGGCGCGCCGGGCAUAGAGUGACGGUCUACGAGCGCCGCAGCUUCGCCGCCGAAGUCGGAGCGUCUAUCUCGUGCGCGGCGAACGGGACGCAGUGGCUGCAUGAGUGGGACGUUGACGUGCCGGCGGGCAGGCCCGUCAUCCUCGAGCACCUGACGAUGCGCGAUUGGAAGACGAGCGAGCCGUUAGCCAUCUACAGCCUUGGGGACUACAAGAAGGAGUGGGGUAAUGUCUACAACAUGUUCCACAGGCAAGACAUGCACGCGAUGCUGCUCGAGUCGGCGAUGUCGGAGGAGGGCGAGGGCGAGCCGGUGAAGAUCCUUGUCGACUACGUCUGCGACGACGUCGACGUGGAGGCGGGCAUCGCGAAGUUUAGGAACGGCAAGGAGGUGAAGGCGGACAUCAUCAUCGGUGCUGAUGGCAUUCGGUCCAAUGUCCGCACGGCGCUCGGCAUCAAGACGGAGCGCAAAUAUGCGCCGCAGACGUGCUUCCGGUGCAAUGUCCUCACUUCCGAUGUCAAGCGCCUGGGUCUCGUCGACUACAGCUACGAGCCGGCGAUCCAGUACUGGAAUGGGUUCGAGCAGUAUGAGGACGUCAACAAGUACUUCAAGAUUGUCAUGUCCCCGUGCGCGGGCGGCGACAUCGUCUCGUUCUACUGCUUCAUGCCAACCGAGUACGCCGAGCAGCACACCUCCGAAGGCUUCACCUUCAAGGAGGUGGACGUCGACGAGAUUCUCGUCGGCGCGUACGCGGACAAGCUGGAGAAGAAUGUGGUCGACCUGCUCAAGCACUCUAUCGACCGGAUGCCGUGGCGGCUAUACGUACACGACGAAUACCCGUACUGGUCGAAGGGUGUGACAACGCUCCUGGGCGACGCCGCGCACCCCAUGAUGCCGCACCAAUCCCAAGGCGCCUGCCAGGCCAUCGAGGACGCCGCCUGCCUCGGCAUCCUCUUCUCUGCCAAGUACCCGCAGUACUCGAACGACGUCCCCGCGGGCCUCCGCAUGUACGAGCGCAUCCGUAAGCCGCGCGCGACGCGGGUGCAGACCGCGAGCCGGCUUGCUACCGACGACAUCAACGAGCGCAUCGGGUUCACGUCGCUCGGGCUGCCGAGCGCGUUCGAUAAGAAGGACGGGUGGACGAAGUUGACGAUUCCGGAGAUGAACUCGUAUGAUAUGAAGGAACACAUCGAGAAGGAAGUUGCGGCGGAGAGAUCUUAGGUUGUAUACUAGACGGCAUUCCCGACGUGCAUGUGCAAAAUAGAGAAUGGAAUUUCAGUCGAUAGAAGCUUAUGCCUUUAUUCAGCUUGCACGACGCUUUACAUCGAAUCAGAGAACAUGUCGAUGGA